AUGGAUUCCGACAGAAGCUUAGCCCAGACAAUAUGCGACAAGCCUGUCAAUUCCCUUGUUACUGAAGGUAUGGAAUGGUCCCUGAAGCCGAAAGUGACUGCCUUCAAGGAACGAGAUAGGGCCUCUGGCUCCCCUGAUCGUGAGUUGGGAGUGACUUGGCGGGACCUAAACGUCCAAGUCGUCAGCGCCGAUGCUGCAAUUCACGAAAACAUGCUUUCUCAGUUCAAUGUUCCGAUGUCAAUCAAGGAGGCUCGACAUAAGCCACCCUUAAAGACCAUCAUAAACAACGCCCACGGAUGUGUCAAGCCCGGAGAGAUGCUCCUCGUCCUUGGCCGCCCUGGCUCUGGAUGCACAACUCUGCUUAAUAUGAUCAGCAACAAGCGUCAGGGAUAUGCCAGUGUCUCUGGUGAUAUCCACUACGGGUCCAUGACAGCAACUGAAGCCCAACGGUACCGUGGCCAGAUCGUCAUGAACACAGAAGAAGAGUUGUUUUUCCCAUCCCUCACUGUUGCGCAAACUAUGGAUUUCGCAACCCGCCAAAAGCUGCCUUUCUGCCUUCCCCAAGUUGUGGCCAAUAAGGAACAGUUGCGAACUGAGACAAGGGACUUCUUGUUGCAGUCGAUGGGCAUUGACCAUACCCGUGAUACCAAGGUUGGCAAUGCUUUUAUCCGCGGCGUUUCUGGUGGUGAGCGGAAACGAGUCUCUAUUAUUGAGUGCUUGGCUACCCGAGGCUCAGUUUUCUGCUGGGAUAACUCUACUCGAGGUCUGGAUGCGAGCACAGCCCUUGAAUGGGCAAAGGCCAUCCGGGCUUUAACAGAUGUCCUUGGUCUUGCCUCUAUCGUUACUCUCUACCAGGCAGGCAAUAAUAUCUAUAACCUCUUCGACAAAGUUCUUGUCCUCGAUGAGGGUAAAGAAGUCUACUAUGGUCCAAUAAAGGAAGCCAGGCCCUUCAUGGAAGGACUAGGCUUUAUUUGUCACGACGGCGCAAAUGUCGCUGACUAUUUGACGGGCGUGACUGUCCCCACCGAGCGAUGUGUUCGUCCGGAGAUGGAAAGUCGGUUCCCCCGGACAGCGGAUGCCCUUCGAUCCAAGUACGAAGAGACGCCUAUCUAUGAGCGUAUGAUCGCUGAGUACGAUUACCCCACCACCGAUCUGGCAAGGGAGAAGACGCGACUUUUCAAAGAAAGCGUACAGCAAGAGAAGGAUAAAAGUCUUCCCCUUAGAAGUGCACUGACUGUUGGUUUCGUUCAACAAGCCAAGGCUUGUGUGGCACGACAGUAUCAGAUUCUGCUCGGAGAUAAGGCUACCUUCAGUAUCAAGCAGGUAUCAACCAUCAUCCAAGCCUUGAUCGCUGGAUCGCUAUUUUAUAACGCAUCCGACGACUCAAGUGGCCUUUUUAUCAAGUCAGGAGCUUGCUUCUUCGCAAUCCUCUUCAACUCUCUAUUGUCCAUGUCCGAGGUUACCGACUCCUUCACUGGCCGCCCUGUCCUAUUAAAGCACAAAUCCUUUGCCUUUUACCACCCUGCCGCAUUCUGCAUUGCCCAGGUUACUGCAGACAUUCCUGUCAUUCUCUUUCAGGUCUCCGUUUUUUCGCUCAUCCUCUACUUUAUGGUCGGUUUGACCUCGACUGCUGGGGCCUUCUUCACAUUCUGGGCCCUGAUCCUUGCUAUGACUUUCUGUACGACUGCGCUCUUUAGGGCUGUUGGCGCGACUUUCACUACUUUUGAUGGAGCCUCCAAGGUAUCGGGAUUCUUGAUCUCUGCUACUAUUAUUUACUCGGGCUACUUAAUCCCGAAACCGCAGAUGCAUCCGUGGUUUGUUUGGAUCUUCUGGAUUAACCCCCUGGCAUAUGGUUUCGAUGCGCUUUUCGGGCCUGGUUAUACGAAUAGUGACCCUCAGGCUUGUACUGGUGUUGGUGGAGCCAGACCCGGCCAACCAUAUGUGAAUGGAGAUGAUUAUCUUGCGUCACUUUCAUACAGCCACUCGCAUAUCUGGCGAAACUUUGGUAUCAUAUGGGCCUGGUGGAUUCUGCUUGUGGUGAUCACGGUCAUUGCAACCUCGAAGUGGCAUAGCUCUUCUGAGGAUAGGCCCAGUCUUCGUAUGCCACGCGAAAACGCCCCCGUCACUACCGUCCUUUGCCAGAAGGACGAGGAGAACCAGGUGGGCGAGAAAGAGGACGCCAUCUCUCGCCGUGGCGACGGAGUCUUGGCCGAAGAUGAUCCGAACAUUUCAGACGGCAUGAACCUUUCACGUAACACCUCCAUCUUCACUUGGAAGAACCUUACCUAUACAGUUAAAACUCCAUCUGGCAACCGGGUCCUACUGGACAAUGUUCAGGGAUGGGUGAAGCCUGGCAUGCUAGGUGCCCUGAUGGGAUCAUCUGGUGCUGGCAAGACGACUCUCCUUGAUGUCUUAGCUCAGCGUAAGACCGAAGGUUAUUGUGAGCAGCUGGAUGUCCAUGAGCCCUUCGCCACUGUUCGCGAAGCCCUCGAGUUCUCUGCCCUUCUUCGACAAAGCCGCAAUACGCCCCGUGACGAGAAGCUCAAAUAUGUCGAUACAAUUAUCGACCUGCUCGAACUAUAUGAUCUUACUGAUACCUUGAUUGGUGAUAUUGGUGUAGGCCUGAAUGUUGAGCAGCGCAAGCGUGUUACUAUUGGCGUUGAGCUUGUCUCUAAGCCUAGCCUCCUGAUUUUCCUUGAUGAGCCAACUUCUGGUCUAGAUGGACAAUCUGCAUUUAAUACCGUUCGGUUCUUAUGCAAACUUGCAGCCGUCGGCCAGGCUGUUCUUGUCACUAUUCAUCAACCUUCUGCCCAGCUCUUCUCUCAGUUUGAUACGCUACUCCUCCUUACUAAAGGUGGCAAGACGGUCUAUUUUGGUGAUAUUGGUCAGCAGGCCAAAACCGUAAAAGCCUACUUUGGCCGAUAUGGCGCUCCCUGCCCUGAGGAUGUUAACCCUGCUGAGCAUAUGAUCGAUGUUGUUUCUGGACAUCUUUCGCAAGAUAAGAACUGGAACCAGGUCUGGCUCGAAUCUCCUGAGCAUGCAGUCGUUAGUAAGGAGCUAGAUCGCCUUAUUGAAGAGGCCGCCGGCAAGCCGCCUGGUGCUGUUGAUGACGGGCAUGAGUUUGCUACAAGCAUAUUGGAGCAGAUUAAGCUCGUGACAUACCGCAUGAGUAAAUCGCUUUAUCGAAAUACCGACUAUAUUAACAACAAAUUCAUACUGCAUAUCAUCUCGGCUCUAUUUAACGGCUUCACCUUCUGGCAAAUCGGAAACUCGGUUGGCGACCUCUAG